CGCCAAACAGUUGUAGCCGAUCAGAACCAUGGACACCGCUGGAAUUAUUCCCGACAUUAUCGAUGUCAAGCCCGCCGCUAAGGCCACAGUUAAAUAUCCCUCUGGAGUUGAGGUCGAUCUGGGCAAGGAAUUGACUCCCACACAGGUUAAGGAUCAACCCACAGUUACCUGGGAUGCCGACGCUGGUUCACUGUACACUCUUCUGAUGGUUGAUCCGGAUGCACCAACCCGUGCAGAUCCCAAAUACCGGGAGAUUUUGCACUGGGCUGUGAUCAAUAUUCCCGGCGAUAAAGUAGCCGAUGGUCAGGUUUUGGCCGAAUAUGUUGGAUCAGGUGCUCCACAGGGUACCGGCUUGCAUCGUUAUGUGUUUUUGGUGUUCAAGCAAAACGAAAAAAUUGUCACUGACAAAUUCAUAUCGAAAACUACACGGGAGCCCCGCAUCAAUGUGAAAACUCGCGAUUACGUUGCAAAGUAUAAUUUUGGAGCACCUGUCGCUGGAAACUUCUUUGAAGCUCAAUACGAUGAAUAUGUUCCCCAACUCCAUGCUCAGUUUCAGAAGGAUGGACAAUAAAUGAUUCAUGCAGUUUUUUUCUGAUCAGCAUAGUUUACAUACAUUGAUCACAAAAAAGUAUGUUAUUUUCUUCUAUAAAAAAAUUAUUAACAAGACAA